AUGACGACGCCGGCGACAACAGACAAGAACAACGACAACGACAACAACACCAGUAGCAACACCAACACCAACAACAACACCAACAAGAGCUCCAACGAAAGCCGGCAACAACAGCGUGACAUGACCAGGACAACAACAAUGGCAGCCGGAAAAGCGUCGGGAAAAAUGAGGGAGGAAAAUAUAUGGCAUACACUUAGGCGCGCCAAGUCGCUUACUGACUUUUUGCCUAUCUCGCCCGCCCGAUUUCCCCCAUUUCCCGCCUUCCCCCCCGUUGGUGCUCCACACUGGAGCGAUACCAGUGUGUGCAUUGGGCUAGGUCAGCGGAUCGGAAUGUGA